AUGUGGUUUUUGGAUGAAACUCCCAAAAUCUCAGAUGAAGAGAAGCGUUCGCUUCUUACAUGGGAAGUGAGGUUUAAAAUUACAGAAGGCAUUGCGCGAGGUCUUGUUUAUCUCCAUGAAGAUUCUCAGCUGAAGAUUAUUCACCGAGACUUGAAGGCAAGCAACAUACUUUUAGACGCAGAGAUGAACCCUAAAGUUUCAGAUUUUGGGACAGCAAGGCUGUUUGACACCAAUGAGACUGGAGCUGAAACAAAACGAAUAGCUGGAACUUGGUAA